ACAUGUACAAUAUGCAUAUGAUACGUACGUCGACGUGGAAUCUUACAUUGCACGAAUUAUUUAGGAACGUUUUUAAAAUAUUGGAUUUUCUAUUGUAUUGAGCUGAAAUGGGGGACAAAAUAAUGUCAACCGCUUUCUGGAGAGUACCAUUUCUCUUCAACACAAACAUUACAAAACUUUUUAAUACACUGCUUUAUUUCAUGAUUGGAAUUUUAAGUUGGCAGCUGGACCUGGCGUUAGCGGUUGAUCCCGUAGUACCUCCCGUUGCUCCCGGUCCCGGACAAGCUGUCGCUGGCACAACCAAUAGACCACCGGGCACCAGUAGCGGCCCAACUACGGCAAAAUCGGUGGUAGCAAACGAUACUUCCUCACAGGAUGGUGAACAAUUUGAGUUUGGCGACGUAUUGUACGACAAAAGCAUGUUGAGAAGGAGUUUCUUUGUGCUUAUUGGAUUUACCUGUUUAGCUGUAAUGUUUUUUGCAGUGAGAUGGUUCAGAUCGAGAGGCAAGAGAAAGUCAAAGAAGUAUGGUGUCCUGGCAACGCGUUCAUCAGACAUGGAAUUAAGACCCCUCGAUCAGGAGGACGAUGAGGAAGACAUGACAGUCUUCGAUGUCAACUCCAAAUAGUAACAUACUACACAAAAGUAAACACCUUUUCCUUUCACUUUCAAAAACAAAGUGAAAGUGUUGUAAAAUAAUUAUUAAAUAAAUAAUUUGCCUUGGAGUAAACAAGAUGCAUGGAGCACUUUUCCCCAAAAAGUAUUUAUAAUAUAUUAUGUACUUAGGUCUUCUUUAUAAUCAGUUUACUCAUUUGUAAAGUCCAUAAAAAUGUACAUGCCUUAUAAGGCCUGAUUUAAUGUUUUUGUUCGUAUCCUGUAGAGUAUAAAGGAAAUUUUAUUUAUUAAUUCUGGUUUUGAAUUCCUCAAUUGAUAAUUGUCCAAAUUUACUGUCCUGUCACUUUUAUGUCUAGCUACAUGUAGAAUAGAUGCAAUCAUCGUUUAAUGAAAUGUUGUAUUUUUUUAGUGUUGACACAUACUGUAAUGAUAAAUGCGGAUUUAGGUUCAUAUACAUGAAAGUUUGUGCUCUGCAUCUAAGCAAAGGUGCUUUUGCUUCUGGAUUAAAUGUUUACUUUUCUAAGAUUUCAUAUUAUAAACCCUAGAUUAGAAUUACAGGGUCAUGCACAAAAUAAUAAUGAUAAGCAUACUUGCAUUGUGUUACAAAUGUCAUAGUUCACAUACAUGUACAUGUAGUUGAGUUUUGAAUUAAAAUUUGAAAUUGGAUAUUUACAUGCACACACUGUACACUGUAUAACAAAAUACAGAACAGUCAUGGCCAAUUCGGUGAAUAUACAUUUGCUCGAUUACAUGUAAAUCAGAUGUGGGUGUUGGUUAUUUAUUAGAUCAUGUAUCAUUUGCUAAGCUUUGUGUACAAGAGUUUGUCAAAAUUUGACCUUGCAUGCACUUCACCCUUAAUUCCUGAGUUUUCACAGGGCCCACUACUACCUUGUUAAUGACAAGUGUUAAAAGCUACACACGUACGAACACACUACAGUACUACUUGAGCCAAUUACAUGUGAAUUAAGCCAAUACUGUCACUGUAACAUGAGUCCGAGUGUACAUUUGUAUCUCCAUUGUGUAGUGUUACAGUACAUUGAACAUUUGGGUUUCCUGCAGGAAAUGCAUACACUGUACAUGUACAUGUACAUGUUGGCGCUAUUAUUUUACAAUUUAAAAUAUGAUUGUCCUGUCUAAAAAUAAAAUCUAAAGGGAUAAGUUACAUGUAAUUGUGUUUGUGCGUUAUUAGCAUGCUUUAUUCCGUAAAUAAAUUUUUGAAAAGUAAUUUUUCCUCCUGUAGGCGUGUGUAUAUUUAUACAUUUACAUGUACCGGUUGAAAUUCUGGACUUUUGUGUUUCUAAUUUGACUAACACAAAAAUCAAAAAUAUGUAAAUCAUAUUGAGAGUGGCAUGAGGGAAAGUGGCACAUUGUUCCACGUUUUGGAAGCAGCCACUAAAAAACAUUUUUUGGUAGAUGAGAGUCUGAAUUUGGGAAUAAUUAAUGUACAUGUUAAUAUGUACAAGCAUUUGAUCAGCUUUCUGUCAGUAGAUUUGAUUAUAGAUAUGAACUCAUCUUAUCAAGAAGAUCUAUGCUGCUAUUAUUACAGGUCUGCAUUUUAUGUAAUAUCCAAGUUCAUGCACACAAAUGUGUUGACGGUUAUGAAUGGCAGAGGUCCCCAUGAAAUUUGAAACAUGUGAUCAAGUGGUGUUAUCAAGGCUGCUCUCACCAACGUUUAUGCACAGAUUUAUGUUGUAAAUGAGCUUGAAGAGCAUUUUUGUGCUGGUAGCCAGCGUAAGUGUAUUUUAUUCCCCCCCCCCCCCAUCCCCCCUCCCCCCU